UCCCGUGGUGUAGUAGUUAGUUACAUGAGCAACAUCAACUUCACUUAAAGUAGGUAAGUCCGAUCUUUCCUUCCUCUCUUGUUCGUUAACUACUUAAAUUAAGAUGGCUAAGAAGAACGGAACGUCGUGGCUCACGGCCGUGAAGAAGAUUCUCUGGUCACCCUCAAAAGAUUCCGACAAGAAGAGUCACCAGAAAGAAGCUGAUUAUAACAAGCAGAAAAAGGAGAAGAAAGGAUGGAUUUUUCGUAAGACCAAAGUCGAAAACACUGACUCUGUAACCGACACGAUACCUAAGGCGGAGAAAGAAGAGAAGGACAAACCAGCGGUUGCCGAGAUCGUUAAGUUAACGGCAACUCCAGGUUUUAUAAGACGUCAUUGGGCUGCCAUUAUUAUUCAAACAGCUUUCAGAGGCUACCUCGCAAAGAGAGCAUUUGGGGCAUUGAAAGGGAUAGUGAAGCUACAAGCAUUGGUGAGGGGUCAUAAUGUUAGAAACCAAGCGAAACACACUUUAAGAUGCAUAAAGGCUUUGGUUCGAGUUCAAGAUCAAGUGCUUAGUCAUCAUCAUCAACAACUACAACGUUCAAGAGUCUUAUCAUCAUCACCAUCAUCAAACUGUUAUGAUAUCGAAGCAAGACGUAAUUCAAUGUUUGCUGAAUCUAACGGGUUUUGGGACAGUAAAACAUAUCUUCAAGACAUCCGUAGCCGUAGAUCUCUGUCAAGGGACUUGAGUCGAUGCACCAAUGAAUUUGUGGUUAACCAAGAAGAAUCACAAUCGAUUUUGCAGAAGAGAUUAGAGAUUGCUAUUGAACGAGAGAAAGCACAUGCACUUGCUCUAUCUAAUCAGAUUCGGAGUCGCUCUUACCGGAAUCAAUCAGCCGGCGACGACAGGGAGCUUCUAGAGAGAACCAGGUGGCUCGAUCGAUGGAUGGCUACAAAGCAAUGGGACAACACAAUCACCAUUCCCACAACAAGAGAUCAAGUAAAGACUCUUGAAAUGGAUACAAACAUAGCCACCACGACACACCAUCAUAAAUCGUAUCCAGCGACUCCACCGUCGUGCAGAGCCACUAGAACCUUUGGGAUAAGAUCAGCUAGUCCAAGGAUACCCUGUUCUUCGCCUUCUCCGAUGGUUCAGCCGAACUACAUGAGUGCGACUGAGUCAGCUAAGGCUAAGGCACGGACUCAGAGCACGCCACGGCGGAGACCAGUUAUUACGGCGAAGAAACGGUUGUGUUAUGCGGAGGAGGGGAGUGUGAGGAGUCCGAGUUUGAAGAGUGCUUAUAACGUUUGUCUUUGGGGGGAACAUGAAUCGGAUUACUCUUGUUGUUACGGUGAUGGGCUCGCCGGAAAAGUGUCGCCUUGUUCUACAAGUGAUCUCCGGUGGUUACAGUGAGAGACCUUUAGUUUUGUUUAUUGUGUGUUUGUAAUAUCAACGAUCAUGAAAUUUUUGCUUUGUUUAUUGUUCCUUGUGCUACAAUCUGAAUUAGAUGACAUUGAUUCAAACGUUUUAAGCCUUUA